UGUCUGGAUAUGUUCAUUCAUAUAUAUGCAACUUAAAUUCCCACCUUCCAUCCUUUCAAAACACCAAUCAAACAUGAAAGGUUCCAAGGCUGGUUUUGUUUGUUUUCUUCUAUUGCUCAUGGGCUUCAUCAUCUCUUCAAGUGCAUCAAGAACGGGAGAUUUCAAAUGGAUAAAAAGAGGAGUUGCAGUCCAAGAAAUACAUUUGCAGGAUGAAAUUGAUGUGACAAGUCAUGGAGAGAACAUGGAGUUUGAUAGGUCAGCCACACGAAGAAUGGAUCUUGAAACCAUGGAUUAUGGAGGAACCGGACCAAAUGAUAAACAUGACCCUCCAAGCCCUGGGAAACUCUGAUUCGAUGCAGCGUAAUCUUUUAUAUAUCAUGAUAAAUCACAUGAGUCUAUUUAUCGCUUGCUAGUGAUCCAUUCAUGUAGUGUUUCAUUUGUGUAAACAAAAUUGGUACAUUUAAUGUCAUUUGUAUGAUAAUUGACGAAUAAAUGUUUUUAGUGUUUUUAGGUUGCA